GGAAAGUCGAUGCAGUCUUGAGGAAAUCGUUCUGAAUAUAAAUUAAGAGCUUGCAUGAGAGGGCAUGGGAGGGGGCUCCACAAUCGUUGAACUUCGGUACACAUGCACUUUGGAGAACGAACUGAGAGUUUGAAGUGGGUGAAAACCAGAACAUCACGGCAGUUCUAAGUAGUUUCUAAAUGUAAGAUGGUGGCACCGGCUGCUGCCGCUGUCACCACCGGCGUUGAGGUUGAAUUCUGUGUGGACUCUCUCUCAUCAGCAGUACACGCACAGAGGACUGGGGCGACACGUGUGGAACUAUGUUGUGGCUUGUCAGAGGGAGGAUUGACUCCCAGCGCCGGCCUCAUUAAGGCAGUCAGGGCGGCGCUGAAGAUCCCAGUGCACAUCUUGCUCCGCCCUCGUGGAGGGGACUUCCUGUACACAACACAGGAGCUGCUGGUAAUUAGGGAGGACCUGCUCACAGCAGCUGAGUUGGGGGUGGAUGGAGUAGUAGCUGGCAUGUUGACCAGGGAAGGAGAUGUGGACGCCGGCCAGCUGUCAGACAUCAUGUUGCUCUGCAGAAGCCUGGGAAUGGACUUCACUUUCCACAGAGCCUUCGACAUGGCGCGAGACAAGAGGGCUGCGCUAGACACGCUCAUUUCAUGCGGUGUUCCACGAGUCUUGACUUCUGGCGGGGCGCACUCUGCACUGCAGGGCAGCACAGCCAUCAGGCAGCUGGUGGAGCAGGCGCAGGGGAGGAUCACAGUCAUGGCGGGGGGAGGCGUGCGUGCAAAGACUGCCGAGCUGCUCGUCAGCCUCACAGGCGUCUCCUCACUCCAUGCCAGCGCAUCUGGAUGGGUGGAGAGCGGGAUGGCGUACAAGAACAGGAAGCUGUCUCUGUGCUCCAAGGAGCCGCUGACAGAUUGGCGGUGGAGGAGGCUUGAUGAGUCAUCCGCAGCCGCGCUGUGCAUCACAUGCGAGGCCAUCCAGCGCAAGGAUACUCUGGAAGGCGCCUGGCAGUGCCUGACAUUCAGGGCUUGA